AUGAAAGACAGUGAGAUUGAUCUGAGCUUGGAAAAUAUUGCAAAUGUGAAAAUCAAGGCAUAUAAAAAUAAUAACAUUUACAAAAAUGAGGAAUCAGAGGAAAGAAAGAAAAACAGUAAAAGUUACUACAACGUAUAUAUUUUGACGUACAUAAAACAUAUCGUAAGGAUAAAAACUAACUUAGCCCUACAUGGAGGAUUAUACAGUAAUUAUUUUGAGAAAUAUGAAGAGGAAUCUAUUUCUAAUAUAAUGCUAGAAAAUUUGCUGAAAAAAGAUGGACACACUGAUCAGAGAAAUUUUUUAGAACCAUGGAAAAGUGGUGCAACGAAUGGAAGUGGAAAUAAUGGAAAAGGCAAAGAUCCAGAAAAAAGAAAUGAAGCAAAUGAGAAGAAAAACAGCGAAAGAGGACCAGCAGCAGCAGGAGGAGGAGGGGUAGGAGAGAAAGACCUGAAUUACUCCAUUAAGGAAUUGUUGAAAAAAUUAAUAAAAUCAUACAAUAUUCGAGAAAAUAAAAUUUUUUUAGUUACUGGGAUGUUAGGGUGUGGAAAAACUACCUGUGUUAGUUUAGCCAUUGAAUAUUUCAACAAAUAUUUACAAAUUGAAAAAAAUAUGAAAAGCAAAAAUGAAAAAAAGAAUGUCUUAUUUCUGUCUGCGGAUGAUAGUAUAAGCAAAAAAAUAUACAAAAAAACGCCAUAUAGUGUGAAGAACUAUCAGCGAGAAGAGACCUCACGUCUUGAGUCCUCUCCUAGACACGUUAAAAAGAAGAUUAAGAUUCACUGUGAUGAACCACUUUUUAACUUUACACCAAAGAAGAGAAAAAUGAAUAACGGGAAGAGCAAUGUAAGAAGGAGAAAUGAAUCAAAAUGCACGUCAAAUGAAGAGGAGGAGGAAGAAGAAGAAGAAGAAGAAGAUGAAGAAGAAGAUGAAGACGUAGGGGAAGAAAAAGAGAAAGACCAAUGUAACCCCUACUUGUGGAGUGAAAGUGAAGCAAGCCUGAAUGCGCAACAGAUAAACCAGAAUAUAAAAAACAUUUUCGAAAAUAACGAUCUUUCACCAUUAAGAAAAAACGCAAAUAUUAGAAAUAAAAUUCAAUUUGAAGAAUUUUUUAAGGAAAAGAAUAAUUUAAGCGAAAUAAAAACGCAAAGUGACGAUGACAAUGCUGAAUUUAAUGCAAAAUAUAAAAAAAUUGUAGAAGAAAUAAAAAAAGAAGAAAAUGAACAAAGAUGUAUUUACACAAUUAGAAUUAGUGCAUACUUAUACAGAGAUGACAUGCAGUGUAUAAAAUCUAUACUAAGCCAGUUACAGAAUUAUGUAGAUGAUGUGGAUUCCAAAACUGAAGGAAAUUUAUUACUAAAUGAUUAUAUUAUAAAAUUGGAAAAAUUAUUAAUUCAAAUAAAUAAUGAAAAAAAACAAACUCUAUUGAUUAUUGAAAAUGUUGAAAAAUUUUGCUUACAGAAUAAGCAGAAUUUAUUAUAUACCCUUUUUGAUUUGUUACACAAAAAAAAUAUAUGCAUUAAUAUUAUAUGUUUGACCAAUGUGUUAGAUAUUACACAAACCUUAGAAAAGAGAAUAAAAUCGAGAUUCACUUUCGAAAUGUUACAUAUUUCUCCUCUUUUAAAUAUAGAAGAAAUUUCGAAACUUGUAUACAAAAUAUUGUAUGUCAAUUUGGACGACUUCCAUCUUAUCAAGAAAUAUUACUCUGUCUAUUUUACCUACCCAGAUUUAAUAAAAAUACAACGAUUUUUGCAAAUCUACAAUUCCACUAUGCAAAAGGAGAUUGCUGAUUCUCUUCUUCUCAAGCAGUGGUCUUAUGACAUCAACUAUGGUCUUGACAUCAGGCACAUUUAUCACACUUGCGUAGAUGCAAUACUUUCUAUCUGUGAAUAUCGACACAUUUUAUGUGGUGAGAGGAGAAACAAUGGUAAUCGACAUGUCAGUGGGAAUAGUCACUAUUCCAGUGUUGACAAUUACCACAUGGGUGCAUUCCAAAACAAUACUCUUUUGGACGCUCACUCGGAUUACAUGUCAAACGCAUCUGAUCCAGAAAACGGGUUCUGUAAAAAGGGCACUUCGGAUUCUCUGAAUUGCAGCAUGAACCCGCAUGCUGAAGAAGAAGAAGCAGAAGAGGAAGGGGAAAAUACUUGGCAGCAGAACCAAUUUUUGGAGGGGGAAGAACUAAGGGAAGCAUCCCCAAUGAAGGGAAAAAAGCAUAAUAAUAAUCAUGCACAUUUGGGAAAUAAUAAAUCGGGAAUUUUUUCAAAAGAAAAGAAAGCCAACUUAGAAUACCUAAUGGAACAAAGGCCAGGAAAAUUAUACUGCACUCCAGUUAAAAGAAAUUUGCAUGAUGAUGCAAGGGAAGAUAAAAAUGAAGAAUGUCGAGAUAGUAAGUUCCAGUUUGAUAUGAAUAUAGACAUGAGUCCACGUAAAUUAAAGGAAAAUAUAAAGUUAAAAACAAAAGUGGAAAGUCAAUACAUUUUGAAUAAUGUACAAUCUAAGUUUAUUAGAAGACAUUAUAUAAAAAAAGUUUUGAGAGAUUUAUGUUCCAUUGAAUAUAUGAUAUUAUGUGCAUUUACAAGAUUAUAUAAAAAAGAAUUAUUACCCAAAACAUUGUAUGUUAUAAUUUUAGAAAUUAAUAAAUUUAAACAAGCUUAUCCACAAGAACAGAUUAUUGGAUUUUCCCUGGAUGCUUACAGAAGAUCCUUUUUUCGAUUAGUCGACUUGGACAUUAUUGUCUUGUCUUCAUAUUCCUUAAGUCAUUUGAAUAUUAAAAAUUUCAGCAAUGAUCUUUUUGGCCUGCAUGAACCUACAAAAUUCCCUUGCUAUGACAUAUUUCUGGAAAACAUCGAAUCCUACAAUUUGAACCACAAUUUGAUUCAGUGGGUUAAGCACAACACAGAGGUUAUGCAGUAA